GAGCCCCUCCCUCCCUCUCCUAGAAAAGACGCGCCGCAAUAAGCGCGCCCACCGCAUCUGUGGCCAGCUCUAAUUACCUGCCCACGCCAGGAUGCGCCGCUCCGCUCCGCUUCGCCAAAGCGCAGCAAUGUUUCCGCCUGCCUGUCAUUGCUUCUCCACUGACUGAUGCGGACGCGCCACCGCCGCCAAGUUUCUCCACCGCGCGCCUUUUUUUUCUUUUUGUUUUGUUUUGUUUUUUUCACUGUUUAGCUGCAAAUCUUUCCUCUUUCUUCCUCCUUCUUAGCCACCCCUCCUGGAAGUGUCUGUUACUGUCUAAUACUAUGCGAUCAGAGGGGCUGGAGGUCGGCGCAGCCCGGGACUGAUCAAUCUGACGCCGUGCGCCUUUUUCUCUCUUCCUCGGACGCAUCUUGGAGGCAUCAAAGCUGCGGCUCUCUUUGGCUGUGCCAUGUCCACGCGAAAGGCGUCGUUGACGGACAAGCAGGCUAAAAACGGCACGUCAAAAUAUGUGUUGGAGAGAUGCGCCUCUAUUAACGAGUACUAUGAUAUUGCUUUCAAGGUGAUGCUGCUCGGAGAUUCUGCUGUGGGGAAGACGUGCAUCUUGGUGCGCUUUAAAGACGGGGCAUUUCUGGGAGGCAACUUUAUUGCCACCGUCGGAAUAGACUUUAGGAAUAAAGUGGUGGAUGUGGACAACCUGAAAGUCAAGCUCCAGAUCUGGGACACAGCUGGUCAGGAGAGAUUCCGCAGUGUAACGCACGCCUACUACAGAGAUGCCCAGGCGUUGCUUCUACUUUAUGAUAUCACCAGCAAGCCAUCGUUUGACAACAUCAGGGCUUGGCUGACUGAAAUAAAAGACUAUGCCCAGAAGGAUGUGGUCAUCAUGUUGCUCGGCAACAAGUCAGACAUGGCUGCAGAACGGGUGGUGAAGACAGAGGAUGGAGAGAGGCUGGCCAAGCAAUAUGGAGUGCCGUUCAUGGAGACCAGUGCAAAGACGGGAGUCAAUGUGGAGCUGGCUUUUCUCGCAGUAGCAAAGGAGCUGAAGCACAGAGCGACACAGCAGCCAAAUGAGCCCAAGUUCAAGAUUCACGACUACAUCGAGUCUCAGAAGCACAGGUCUGGCUGCUGCAGCCUCGGGUAGCAGAUGAUGAACGCCAAGCAGAGAGAAGAACGCAGGACGCAGAAUGAAGGAGGGGGGAUUAAAGUCGACGUAAAAGAAUAAAGAAAAAUGUCUGCUCUCUCUUAUGAAAAGCCAAUCCAAGAAACCAUACCCCCACCCUGAGAGAGGCAGAUGUUCUCGACUUCUGCGCAGAGAUCAUGGCGAGUGAAAGCGAAUCUGGACUUACUGCCAUCCCUUUGCUGAAAUGUGAAUUUAAAUAGUUCGUGUCAUGUGUAGAAACGUUCGUGAUCUUUGUGGUGACAGUUGUAACAGAAAUCAGGAGUAACAAUCUGAAACGCUAUUCCCGUCUGCAGGGAUCCCUCUCCCCCUCUGACCAAACGGCAGGUUCUUAUGGAAGCGACUGUUGACGUGGACAUAGCAUUGAUUUAGCCAUCAGAGUUUGCUUCAUUCCAGAUUUAUCAGGCUGAGACCUGAAACCCCUCCUCCUGGCCUUACACUCAUCAUCUUCAAACCAGAGCUCACAGUCAGAUUGUAGCUAAAUUGCCCCGUCUGUUCACAUCUGUACUGCUGUUAGAUAGAAUAAAGCCAAUAUUUUAAGGGCAAUUACCAACCUCGUGUCUGUCUGUACAUUCAUAUCCAGAGCCAGUAGAUGUACAGAUCCAGCUAGAAGUUUACGUACUCUCACCGUUUAUGAUGCAUUAAUUUAGGCUUUUAAUCAUAACUGCUCUUUAUGGGGUGGGCUAGCUAUUCCACAUUAAACUUGAUGAGGAUGACGACACAGAUGGCGUCAAUACUUUUGAUACAUUUGCACAAUUCAACUGUUCUGCAUCUCUGAUGUUCUUUCGCUACAGAGGAACAGAUUCAGAUGUAGAGCAUGUUGAGUUUAUCCAUUAAUUACCCUUAAGCAAGUUGCAAAGGAACCACACAUUUUUUCUAGCCAUGAAAAGUUUCUGAUUUAGUGAUAUAAGAUGUAAAAAUGUCGCCAGGUUUGAGCUUUUGUCUUUAAUGUGAUCAUGGGAUUAUUGUCCUUUAGUCUGUUGAGAUUCUUUGAUCUAGCUGUUGAUUUUGAAGUAUAGUUGAAUAAUUUAGAGCCAGUUCUUCGUAAAUGUUCCCUACCUUUUGUGCGAUAAACUCAUACCACUAGAAGCAGAAUAGUCCCUCAGUAUUAUCCUGCCCCCAACAUGCUUUGGAGUUAAUGCUUGGCUCCUCCAUUCUCACUCCUUACCCUUUAGUUUCAUUGCAUGAAGUGCACGGGGCGAACCCGUCCUUCAUUAUGCAUGGUUCACUUUCAGUUUGAAUAUUUCAACAAAUUGUCUGGGCACUGUUGCAUGCUAUCACAAGAACCUAUCACACAUGAGGACUGUGAUUAAUGAACAAAUUAUUGCCAGGGUUAUGCAUUUUGGGAUUACAUUAUAAGCCAGGAAUUAAUAGCAAGCAUUGUAAGGUUUUGACUCCCACCAAAGUGUGGACGUCACUUCGUCUCUAUCCAAAGACAUCAGACUAAUCCAAGGAAACAAACUAUUUUAUCUAUUCUGUUGUGAGGUUGCAGUUAAACGUCUAACCUGAACCAUAAAGCUAUUCAGGUUGCCCAUGUUAAACUUGAAGGUGUUUGUUGGCUGGUUGAUGCCCUCUAAAUCCAUGGUGAGGUGAGAGUUAUUCAGUCCACUUGUUACAACACACCCAUACCACUGGCAGCUUCAUCUCUCUGUAUCCCUUGUGUUGACCAUAACAUAUUUCCUUCUUAUCUGAAGGGGAACGUUUUGAUCAGUUGGUUGACAUUUAGAUAGAACUUUAUUGCAGAAGGAUAAUAAUCUCAAACCCAUGUCUAAUCUGGGAUUACAAAGGAUUAACAGACAUUAAUUAAACUAAUGGAAUGACUGAUCUAUGGUAAAUUUACCGACUCAAUCAAUUUCUUCAAAGCAUGUUCAGCUAUCCCCCCCUAAUUAUGCCAGGGCCUCGAUCAUUGCUGCAAAAAUGAAGUUUUCUUUGCAACUUGCUAAAAAAAACUUUUAUAAAAAGGAUUUUGCUGGUGUAUGUAUAUAUUUCAUUCAUAGAAUUUUAGCCAUAUGUGGAUUCCAGGAAAUCCAAGCUUCUUUUUAAAAAAUCAUUAAAGUUUUAUGUUGCGCAAUUAUCUCUGGGAAAAGAAAAAUUCAUAGAAAUCCUUAAAAAAAAAAUCUGGUUUAGUGAGACGAUUACGUCCUGGAUGUAUGAGAGUAUGCAAACAUCUAACUGCUGCUGUAGUUUUACCUCACGUCCACCCAGACAGGAAAAAAACAUAUUUUUACUCCGCACAGAUCUCCACAGCCCUUAGCAUUGUCGUCUCCUCUAAUGAUGGAUGUUGUAGUCGAGACUGUGCCAAGCAGUAUUUGUUAAUGCACCGCAUUGUGUAUUACUUUGUACACUGUUCAUUCUGAAUGUUUGGUUGUCUCUCCCUCCAUGGAGGUGUCACAGUGAUCACAAAGUGCCAUUAAAGUGCUUUGUUGUCAUACCAACGAUAUAAAAAAAGUAUAUUUUGUAAUGUA